AGAAAGAGAGAGUGGGAAAUAAUUAUUUUAAACGAAACAGAGAGAUCUUUUAGUUACUACUACUUAUUAUAAACGUUAUAAGUUAUAACCUUAUCCAGGUUUUUUUCUUGGAACAGAGGACUGAUCAAUGAACUCAUUCUCUGCUUUCUCUGAAAUGUUUGGCUCUGAUUACGAGUCUCCGGUUAGCUCAGGCGGAGAUUAUUGUCCGAUGCUUGCGGCGAGCUGUCCAAAGAAACCAGCUGGUCGUAAGAAGUUUCGUGAGACUCGUCACCCAAUUUACAGAGGAGUUCGUCGGAGAAACUCUGGUAAGUGGGUGUGUGAAGUGAGGGAGCCAAACAAGAAAUCGAGGAUUUGGCUUGGAACUUUCCAAACCGCCGAGAUGGCAGCUCGUGCUCACGACGUCGCCGCCAUAGCCCUCCGAGGCCGAUCCGCAUGUCUUAAUUUCGCUGACUCGGCUUGGCGGCUACGAAUCCCGGAGUCAACAUGCGCCAAGGAAAUCCAGAAGGCGGCGGCUGAAGCUGCGUUGGCUUUUCAAAAUGAAAUGAUGAGUGAUACCACUACGACGAGUGAUCAUGGCCUUGACAUGGAGGAGACGUUGGUUGAAGCUGUUGUGACGCCGGAACAGAGCGACACGUUAUAUAUAGACGAGGAGGCAAUGUUCGGGAUGCCCAGUUUUUUGGAUAGUUUGGCCGAAGGGAUGCUUUUGCCGCUGCCGUCUGUACAAUGGAAUAACAAUUAUGAGUUCGAGGGAGAUGCUGACAUGUCUCUAUGGAGUUACUAAAUUUUCGAUAAUUCAUUUCCUGUUUUGUACUAUUAUUUUUCCAAAUCUUCACACCUUUUUUUUUUUUUUUGCGCCAAUUCAAACCUUUUUAAGAAACGGAUUCCUCCGCUUUUUUUUUGUUGUUGUUGGUAUGAGACACGAGUGUAAAUAAUUCAAUAGAAAUAAAUAAUUUCGACU